UUUGUUCUUCGACUGAAAUUAAGAGGAGUGUGGAAAGCUCAUCAGCUUGUCUCUGGGCAUACCGUUGUUGACAUCGGCUCAGACUCGAGCACGCAUCGUGUGCCGCAUCUUCAUCUUCUUUGUUUUGUUCAUUUGUUGUUCUUGUCCAGCGAGGGACUCGAAGCGGGUGUGUUCUGCAGUUAUACUACCGGCAGGGAUAUACGUUUCCGUCGACCUGUGACUAAUUGAGCCCCCGAACACGGUUCUGAUUACCUUGGAAUGCGGUUCAUGACAUUUUUUUUCAGCACGGGAAAAAUAUUACGGAAUGGCCUUUGUGGCGUUUUCAAUCUUCUGCAUGGUGCCUAUUCACAUCUACGUGAGCGUAGGGGUGUGUGGGGCUUUAGGGGAAGAGGUUUAUACCCCACGUGCUCGACAGCACGGGCGGCCUCUUGCUGGGGGCAUGUUGGAGAAAAACAAGAAAAAGAAAAAGGAGUUGAGUGGCUUUUACCUGUAGUAUGUGACAAGGAAGGAUACUAUCAAGUUCGCAUUGCCUGGAUGAUAGGCUCAGGGUGUUCAUGACCGUUUCUCCGGGCGGUUUGUUGAUUUAUCUGCUUACUAUUUUCUCUCUACUACUGUAUCGGCAUUUCCCCCCUUAUAUAUGAGGGGAAGUAUGAUGCAGGCGUCCUUCGAUUUUACCUUGAUACAAUUUUAUUUUAUCAAGGAAGCACGUGUGUGUAUGCAUGCGCAAUUUUUUUUCUCUAUCUUUUUUUCAUUUUCUUGUGCUGAA